CGACCAAUAAAUUUAUUCGGAAUAGUUAACCUUCAAAUGUAAGAUGAAAUUUUUUAGGUUAUUGUUUCAAAACAAGUAAUUUUAUAAUAAAAAAUAUUAAGAUUAAAUAUGGUAUAGUUUAAUAUUACGAAAGGUAUUUGAAUAUGAAUUCGUCAAGAAUCAUCUGCGCUUGCAGGAUGCAAAUCCCAAAAAUUCUGGCCCCGGCCAGUUCUUCUAGUCCAAGAUUUUUGCAACCUUUAAGAAAUUUACAAAGAGGAUCGAUAUACAAAACAGAAGAGGCAAAAAAAGUUAAAUAUUUUGUUGUCCACAAAUACAUAGAAUACCUGAAAAAUUAUGAUAAAUACAUGGCAAAAAGUAUUCCUGUAAAAAUAUACAGGGUAUUUUCAGAGGGUUUAAAACUCUUCAUAUCUGAUUUAAAAGAUUAUUUCAGUGUAAUUCAGAUUAUACACUCUCGACGCAAACCUCUAAGCAGUUUAAACAGAAAAGAAUUGGAACUUUACCAUCAAAUGCCAAAAGAUAUGAGAAAAUUAGCACCUGUGUUAGUUAUUGCCGCUCUACCAAUUAUACCCUAUGUAUUUUUUCCUUUGGCUUAUAUGUUUCCAAAACAUUUCCUCACAUCUCAUUUUUGGAGCUUACAAGAAAGAUCUAAAUAUUCAGAAGAUUUUUUAAGGAAACGUCUUUUACACAACAAGCCAGUUUUCAGGCAUUUACAGUCACAAAUUAAUUUUAUGAAAGUCAACUGCCAUCCCCUGUUCAUACCAUGGACUAAUAUUUUGGGAAUGUUAGGAAGUGGAAGCCAUCCCAGUCCUGAAAUGAUUCUGGAAUGUAAGGAUCUGUUUCAGGAUGAGCCUUACCAUUUGUAUUAUUUAAGUAGAAACCAUAUAAAACAUUUAGUUGGAAUACAUGACAUUCACAGAGGGUGGUUUAGAAGGACCAGAUUAGCUGACAGGGCAACAAUUUUAAUAGAAAUGGACAAAGCUAUUAUGAGAGAAGGAGGGGUACACAACUUACCUAUAGAUGCUUUAAGGAAUGCAUGUCUUAUAAGAGGUUUGAAUCCUAUGAACAUGAAAUCUGAAGAUAUGAUUAAAUGGCUAAACAGUUGGAUACAAAUUUCGUCUGAAGUGGACAGGGAAUCCUUGUCUUUAUUGUUACAUGUUCCUAUUUUGUUAGGAUACAAUCAGCCAACAAAUUGGCUGUUAAUUUAUCCCCCCAAACAGUAAAUUGCUUUCUCUUAAAUGUGAUAUUGUUAUUGAUUUUGUUAUUUUAUGAGAAAUAAAACAAUCAAUUUUAUAAAGA